CACGAAGCGACUGCCCGAAUGCUGUACGCUCAGCUCGGCUCGGCGUCGCUACGUCAUUACGCAGAGAGACCAGAGAGAGAAAAAGAGUUGCGAGAACAGUGCAAAGUCGUGAUCAUCGUGACGAUGUUGCUCCGUUCGUCCCUAAUAUUUAACGCCAUUUUUUUAUAAUAAAAUUUAGAGAAAAAAAACAAUUUAAUAAUAACAACGCAACGAGGCAUGAAGAUAUAGAUUUUUGAUUUUCAAUAAAUAGUUUGCUCCGGAGAAUUAUGGACUUGCAAAGACUUAUUAAUGAAGUUCAAGCACGUCCAGCUAUAUGGGAUCAAAAGAAUACCCAUUAUCAUAAUCGAGAUGUUAUUUUGAAGAUGUGGGGAGAGAUCGCAAGAGCUUGCGAUGUCUCUUGUGAAGUUGCGAAAUCAAAAUGGAAACAUCUUCGGGACAAUUUCCGGAAUGAACUGAAGAAAACAUAUCGUAGUAAGCAAACAUGCGACAGUAGCUCCCCUUCUUCGAUACGUGAGCAACAACAACAACAACAACAACAACAACAACAACAACAUCAACAUGAAUCUAAAUGGGUUUGGUUUAAAAGUUUACUAUUUCUACGUGAUCAAAUGAAUUCACGUGUGAUCGGUUGUGGGAAUGGUGGCAGUGGACUUACACAAACUAGUGGUAGUCAUUAUGCAACUUCACUUGAUGGAACACAGAUAGAGCCACAAGUCGACAUUUUUGAAGGUGAUGAAGAAGCACACUUUGACGAUGAACUUGUUGACGGUGAUUCCUGUCAAUCGUUAUUGACUGGGGAUGAAUUAUUGCAAGUAGGAGGGAUACCAGUUGUGAAACAAGUUCGUAAUAAAAUUAACAGAAAACGUGUACUUGUUGAUUCAACUGAUUGCGAUUAUCAGAGUAGUAUUGAGCGUAAACGUUAUGAAAGUAUUCAUCAUAGAAAAUUUUUUUGUCAUACUAAUGAUAAUAAUGAGGAUGAUGAUGAUACUUAUCAUUUUCUUAUGAGUAUUAGAAGCCCCAUGCGUAGUUUAACGAUUGAAAGACAAAUGUUUGUACGUCUCAAGAUACAAGAAAUUAUUUUGAAUGAAAUUACGAAUCAACAACAGUAUAAUUUUAAAAGUAAUCAAAAUAUUGAUAAUUCUAAAACACAGAAUAAUUCACCCGAGACUGCGAACGAUGAUAAUUAUUCAAGUUGA